AUGAUCGGGAAAUUAUACAUGCUUAUAAUGGAAAGCACCUUAAGCUCUCUUCUUUUCAAAGUUUCGAUAAUACUCAGUAUGCUGGCGAUCGCAUUCCGUUGGGGAUAUCGUCAUCGUCGAAAAUUACCUUUUUGGUGUGAAACUACUUAUCCAAUGUUAUAUCUAUUAUGUAUAAAUUUGAUCGAAUAUUACUUUAUUAUUAACCAUAGUACUCCAUUUUUAUUUGAACCUGAAUUUCUAUUUCAAAUUUUGCUUAGUAUUCCGUUAGCACUAACGAAUAUCAAUCGCGGACCUUUCUACACGUGUAUUGAAACCACAUUAAUGGCAUUCGUUGGAGAAUUUGUGCAUUCAAAUCUACAAGUCAUUUCUAUAUUUAUAUAUUGUUUCAUCCUACCAAUAUGGCUAUUGGCGUGUGAUGAGCAGGUGGAUGCACACGAUCAAAUGGCUAACCAGCAAAAUAUCAACAACGUCGAAGUAGUGGAUCAAGUGGUAGAAAAUGACAGAAACGUAAUCUUGCUGGUUAUUAGCGAUCUUCUAAUAUAUUUGUCGGUAUUAUUGCCGGGAACAUAUUUCUAUGGAGGAUGGUUUUGGUAUCAAGAAACAGCGUUUGGCGAAAACAUUUUUGAUGAGGGUGCUGAAAAAGAAUUAUUUGCGAAACUAUUGACAGUAUUCGUCGUACAGAUCAUGUUUACAGUACUGUUGGUGAAAAUAAUUGGCGGUCUCCUAUUCAACAUUCAAAUAAAUUAUUGGUGGUUAUAUAUACUGGAAGUUAUACUGCCAUUUAUCGCAUUUCCUAUAAUAACUUUGGCAAGAACACUGACAAUAACGAAUACUCUAUUCGUAUUUGGAAUGUUCGUGAUGGUAAUGGUUGUUUCACGGUUCAGCUUUGAAGGAAAAGCCAGUUGCCGUAUGCGUCUAGUGAAAUCUAUGACUUUUCUUAUUACAAUUUUUGUAUUGAUUUUGGUAAAAGUACUAGCAGUACCCACGAUUAUACUUGUAAUUGUAAUAUCAAUGGUGGUAAUCGCUGAUUUACACUUGAUCCUUGGGGGGAAAGGCAGUUGGGGUAUGCGUAUAGUGAAAAUAAUAAUUUUGUUUCCUGUAUGUGGUACAUUGUUUUUGGUAAAAGUACUAAUACCAACCCAGAUUCCGGUUGUGCUUGCAGUGUUCGCAUUGGGAAUCGUAACUUUACACUCGAUCUUUAUUGAAAACCCAACCUGGUGGACGAGUAUAGUGAAGACUACGACUUUAUUUAUCGCAUUUUUUACAUGCACACUUAUUCUAUCAAUCUCAAUAAUUUAUUUUGUACAUGUUUGUAAUCCGUCAUCAGUAGAUCAACACGAGUGGAUCAUUACAAACAGCGGACUCUCUAUCGCUGAUCAGAACCUCAUAGACAAUAUUCAAUGGCUUGACUUCGAUGAACACCAUUACAAACAGGCACAAGAAGAUUUGAGCAAAAUUAUAGAUAAAUAUCAAUCGGAACAUGUAAUGAAGCGUCGAUUGAAAUCGGACAAAUCCAAUAAGCUAUUAGGCAAGUUGUAUUUAUUGGAAGGCAUUUUGCACUAUAAUCGGAUGAAUUUUUCAAACGCCAAAAAUAGUUUGAAGAAGUCACUCGAAUACAACAAGGAUGAUAUUCACACCAAUAUUUAUAUGAUAGAUGUACUCGUUGCUCGCAAUGAGACUAACGAAUUACAGAAUUAUAAUAGCACCAUUUGCAAAAGUAAACAUCUAGAAGCCAAACACGCUGCAGUAUAUUGUGAACUACUUUGCCAAAUAUAUAGUCGAUCGGAAAAUAGCAUGCUGUUAACUAGACUUCGUCCUCCAGCAGACGGAUAUUUUCUCAAAGAUUCGCAGCGAACCUUUAGGAUCGAACGCGACAUAUUAAUUAGAAGUUUUCGUCAAUGGCCAACUCAUCGAGACUUAGCAAAAUUGAGUGCACGUGCUUAUAGCAACAAGAAUAUAAUUCGCUAUCACAAUUGGAUUGUUAUUAGUAGAUUCAAUAAUACUCAAGAAACUGGCUAUUAUGGCAUCGCAUUUCGGCAUAAUCAAACGAGAGAAAUCGUCAUUGCUCAUCGUGGAACAGAUAUCAAGAAUAUCCCUUCGCUCAAAACUGACUUGAUCUUAUUUACUUCAAAUCUACCUGAGCAAUUUCGUAAAGCUCAAGUAUUUACUGCCAAUAUAAGUCAACAGCUUGAACCAAAUAAAAUCCUUUGGCAUACAGGUCAUUCACUAGGCGGUGCUAUAGCUGAAUUUUUAGUAGCGAAUGACAUGCGGUUUAGUAGAAACAUUUCCAAGCCAUUGUCAUUUGCUGUUACAUUCGAUGGUCCUGGUAUUAUGGAGGUUCUUAACUCAUAUUAUUCUCGCAACAAUUUAGAACCUAUAUUACCAAUAGACUUCCCAGUCAUCAGUUAUCUUUCAGAUCCAAACAUAGUCAACACGAUGGGUACACAUAUUGGUCUCGUUCUUCAAUUACUCCGUUUUCCCGUCGUAUUUGAGUGGACACGGCAUCCAAUCAUACAAGCUUUUUUCAAUGUAACGAGCAGUAAAUUGUUUGGGGAGUAUAAGAUAAUCGUCGACUUUCUAAUUACACAUUCAAUUGAACAGUUGAAAUCACAUAGCAUACAAUCAAUUGUACACGGCUUCGAAUUGCAACCGGAUCCAAGUGGUAUUAAAUUAGGAACACAGACAGUCAUCAAAUGGCCGAAAGGAAUACAAGAUUUUGCUCGAUUACAGCAUCUUGAGUUGAGCAGAAGUAUGACGCGGUUUGGCGCUAAUAAUGAGGGUAUACAUAACGAAACACAGUAUGAUCCACGUAUAAAGCAAUCUUUUUAUCAUACAAUCGAUUUAAGUAAUGAUAUAUUCAGCAUCCUCCCAAUGACAGCAUUUCCUGAAAAAGUCCAAAAUUUUCUCAAAUACUUAGCAGAACCAUAUGGAGCACGAACUGGAUUAAGUCAAUUAAAUACUGCUUGCAGGACAUUUGAAAUGAUCGACAAACUAACGACCAGUUUUUUCUUCCAAGCGUUGAUCUAUGCUGGUGCUUCAAGUCUUGCAUUAGAUCAAGAAUUUGUAAAGUUCGCCUUCGAUCCUUCGGAACGUCCAUAUCUGCAAGAUGUAGCAUCAGAAGUGAAUAUUCUAACAUUAUACACUAUCUUAUCUUUGACAAAUUCAGACGAAUGUAUAAAAGACAACUCCAAUCAUUAA